AUGAUGAAAACCAGCUCCGGCCACUUGAGUCACCUCGACACGCCCUCCUACUCGUUCUACACCCCCACACCGUUCCCGGCUCUCGAACAGCGGCUGUUCCCGCCACGCGAUCGGCAGACGCUGCAGCACACUUCAUCGGCACUACUCGUGUCGGUGGUGCGGAUGGGCUAUGUCUUGGCGGUGGUGGUGCCCGUGCAUACUGUGGCUGCGUUGGUGAGCCAUACGCUGGUGUCCAAGGACCGGUGGAUGGACCGCGGCUGGGGGCGGGGGAGAUUUCCGAAGCGCUUGCCGAGUUGGAGUGUGGGGCAGACGCUGGGGGUGCCGCUGGUGGGCAGCCUGUUCUGGGCGGUGGUGUAUGGGUCGCCGAGGGGGAUGGACUGGAGGGAGGAGAGCACGGUGCCUUGGGCGAGCAAGUGGCUGUUUGGGCGCGGGCACGAAGGGUGGUGUAUCGAAGCCGAGGGGGUCACGUUGCCCGCGCUUCCCACUGAGCGUGAGCGAACAGCGAAGACGAGCAACGGCGAGGCCAAGCACAACGGUGGCCACGAGCUGAGCAAGCAGCAUAGCAAGACAAACGACGGUGCCGACUUUAUCGAACAAGCAGCCAAAGCGACCUCGCUCUCAUCGUUCACCGACGACUCGCUCUCCAUCGCUCCCCCGCCCGCACCCUACUCUACCGACACAGAGGAUAUCCCACUCGACAUCCUCCGCGGCCACAUCGACGGCAAGCAGUUCAAUGUCCACCCCGUCCCCGUCGCCGCGUUCUGGCAGUGGAAGUCGGUCGCCUCAGCCGUCUCGCGCGGCAAAGUCAUCUCGGUCAAGCCGGGCAACGACCUCUCCGGGAUCGGCUCGGGACCUGCCAUGUCACCGCACGAACGCAUGGUGCUCUUCUUCGUCGGCGGCGGCUACCACUCGGGUCACGCUCCCCAGGGUCCGCUCUCAUGGACGGUAUGUCGACAAACAUCGCUGCGCGUGCUUGGGGUCAACUUCCGCAAAGCCACGUCGGACGCGCGUGCCUUCCCCGCUGCCCUGCAGGACGCACUGGCAGCAUGGGUCUAUGUGACAAAGCGGCUCGGGUUCCGGCCGGAGAACGUGAUCCUGAUGGGCGACUCGGCUGGCGGCGGGUUGGCGCUGAGUCUGCAGCUCUACCUCAGCGCGCUCAUGUGGAGCAAGAAAGGGCAGGCAUUGGGUCGUGCCAAGCGGCUGGUACUGCACAGUCCGAUGACGGAUCUAACGCUCGACACGCCCGGCUUUGUACGCAAUGAAUCGGUGGACAUCAUCUCGCCCUACAUGUGCUCGCUGGCUCGGGACAACUACCUGCGCCACGUGAUCCACAUUGACGGCCGCCACAACCCGCACCUGCCCGCCCAAGCCGGCGAGUCCCAGAUCGACGUCCUCGCCGCCCGCUACGCCAUCGACCCGUACUCUGCUCCCACCAGCUCUUCCAAGCUGGACGCCGAGCUCAGCCGGCUAGCUACGGAGCUGCCGCAGACCAUCGCCGAGCUGGGCGCGUUCCAUCCGCUGUUCUCGCAGGGGCUGGAUGCACGGCGCCACAGGUACCUCGCGCAGAGCCUGAUGCUCCUGCGCCCGCUGGAUGCGGAAAGCGACGAGACCGAGAUGCUCGUCACCACAGGCACCGCCGAGCUGUUCUACGACCAGAUCAAGCUCUUCGUGCGCAACAUGCACGAGCUGCCCACAGGCGUGAGAGUGCGACUGGUAGAGUGCAUCGACUGGCACCAUGUGUUUGCGUACAUGAACCUGCCGGGCAGUAGCAUCAAGGCUCAGGUCGACGAUAUCGCAAAGACGUUCAUGCUCGCGUAG